AGAGAGAGAGAGAGAGAGAGAGAGAGUUUUAGACAGACUAGGUCAACAAGGAGUGAGAAGCUGCAAUAUAUAGAGUGGGAGGAAAACAUGGACAGCGAGACAAAGGAGGGGAUGUAAGAAAAUUGGGGGAGGACAGAGCUCUGAUAGAGAUCAUUUCAAAAGCUACAAAUAGAGGUGAUCUUGCUCUUCCAUGUUUGUGUGAGAGAGUUGCCUGUUUUCUAAUGGGAGACUUAUUAAUCUAGAAUCAAAUCGGACUUUAUUGUAGAUCCUGACUGGAAAAAGAAGCAAGAAGACGCUUGACAGUGGGUAUUAUCUUGUUCUUUUGCUGCUCAAGACAGUUUUCAGGAAUAGAACAUACAGGGUUGCUAUCCACGGCUAACAAAAGAAGCACCCAACUUGACUUCUUUACAUAUCACUGCCUGACAGAGGCAUGAAGAUUGUUCUAAGGCUUCACUAUUGGCCAUCUUUAGUGUACUCGGAUAACCAGGACCUCAGCUUGGGAUAAUGGAGAUAGCUAAUCAAACAACAAGUGAAUCUCUAGGUGCAGGACAAACGCUGGCACCUCUUUGCACAGUCCGCUGCUGUGGACUACUAAACCGAACACUGGCAGUCAUGUUCAUGGUUAGCCUGGCCUUUGCCAUUGUGGUGGGAAAUGUGGUGACGCUUACGGUUUUCAUGCAGACCCGGCAUUCUCGAACACCGCAGGGCUACCUCAAAGUGUCUCUGGCCUUCGCUGACAUGAUGGUUGGAGUCUUGGUGGUGCCAUUUUCUGUAUACACUGAAAUCUCUCUGAUGGUGACCAGCACUCCACCGCUGUGGUACCAGGGCAUUUCAACAGCCUCACUGGAGGGUGGAUCAGGACCUUGGCAACCCUGCAUGCUGAUAGGUCCAGUUUUCGCUGGAUGCACUUUUGUCUCAAUUAGUACCAUCUUUCUGAUGACAGUGGAGCGCAGCGUGGCAAUCCUGCGUCCACUGCAUAAAGACACUCUUGUGACAAGGCAUCGCACCCUGUUCCUAAUUCUCUUGUCCUGGGCUGGCAGCUUCUUACUGGCGAUGGCUCCACUCAUGUUAAGCAACAGCUUCACGCUAGAGUACAAUGAAUGCAGCCGCAUGUGCAACUACGCACCCUUACUGAUCGGACAUCAGUUGCCUCCAGAUGCAAACAUCCUUCUGCUUUUUCCAGCCUUUGACUUCAGUUUACUAGGAGGGACAUUAGCCGUCAAUAUCCUGUCCUUCACCAGUAUCCGCCGAUACUCCCGUAAACGGAAGCUGCUCUCCGAGGGAAGUCUUGGUACAGAUGCGGGAGCCGGCGGGUGUCCCCACAGACCCUCUUUUUCUGAUAUCAAAGCAGCUAAAACCAUUGGAAUCCUCACCUUUGCCUUCACAGCCUCGUUCUCUCCUAUCGCAGUAUUUGUGCUGGGAAACGUAGUGGGAUACACCUGGUGCAACUUCUCCUUUUUUGCAUUUUGGAUCCUGACAAGCAAUAGCUGCUGCAAUGUGAUUAUUUAUAGCGUGCGAGACCACCGUUUUAGGAAAGGGCUGACUCUGCUCUUUCAGCGGGAUAGAGCGCAACCUCACCCAGAGAAAAGCUGAGAUUUUUUGGACAGGACCUGGACAAAGGCUGGCGCUGACUUACCUACAAUCACUUUCGCCUUGAGAGAUUAAGAAUUUGCUUUUCGGGACCUCUUUCGCAAACGGAUCAGGGACGACAAUAAACAUCAUUCCAGGAACUGUGGCAGUUGUCAUUAUGUUUUACGGAGAAUUACGGUCUUUAUUAGCUUAUCCCUGCAGUUAUUUAUUUUUUAUAUAUACAAAAUACAGACACAUGCCUUAUUGAUUAUUUACUGUAUUGCAUAUUCAGCAUAAAUCUGUAAAAUAUGUACCUGAGACAUUUUUGAAUGCAAUUUAUAAAAACUAAUUACAUUUUUAAAGAGGUCUAUUUGUACCUAAUCUGGCUCAAACAAAAAAACAAGGUAGGUGCAACUAAGUAAGUCCCCUUAAACAAAUCACAUGAUCGUCCCAUGUGCAAUCACAUGUUCAAAUCACAAGUGAAAUGUGGUUUUGGAAUGUUUUUAUGUUGUGAAUGUGUGAAACACGUGAUCACAUAUGCGGACGUGUUUAGCAUUUCGAUUUUUAGGAUAGAUUUGAAAUAUACUUCCUUUUGUUUAUAAAAAAAAAAAAAAAAACAAUAUUAUAGAUUCUUCUUUCCAUUUUUAGAUUUCCUUUAAUAAUAGAAAAUUAUUAGAAAAAUAAAAUAAUUAUUAAGUGGGAAAAAAAAAACAGUAUGUAUGUAGAUAACCUUUGUAACAACUAGCGGACACCCUCAACACUGUGAAGUACAUAAUCAGUGCUAUAUUAUUGAUAGAAUGAGACUUCAGAAUUUUUAAUAAACAUUUUGAAGCAAA